GAGUGUAUGCACUCAGGCGCGCCUCUUGUAGCUGUUCUUGGGUCCUUGCGUCAAACUGACAGCUUUGUUUCCAUCAUGGCGGCGUCCAGCAGAGAGCAUGUACUAUCACUCUACAGACUGCUUUUGAAAGAGAGCAAGAAAUUCCCCUCGUAUAACUACAGGACAUAUGCUCUACGGAGGGUCCGAGAUGCGUUCAGGGAGAACCGGACAGUGGAAGAUCCAAAAGUUGUGGAGGAGCUGUUGAAUAGGGCCCGGGAGAGUUUGGCCAUCAUCCAAAGACAGGUGUCUAUAGGGAAGAUGUAUGAGAUCCAGAAGACUGUCGUUGAACAGGAGGAAAAGAAGAGCGAUUGAUGUGAUGGUCAAGAGUUCUCAGACGAUAGAGAACUGCUGACUGUUCUUCAAACAUCUGCGUCAGGCUGGUCAUGAUGGUGAUCUGCAUUGGAGACCUUCAUCAGAAUAGAUCCCACGUUCACUCUUUCUGUUUACACAGUCAUUUAAGAUGCAGUGUGUCAGGAACCAAUAUAUAAGACACUGUAGUGUCUAUAUAAGAUGCAGUAGAAAGUGUACAUAAUGUAUUUUUCAUGAUUUGUUAGUGUUACAAUAAAUCCAUGUAAGUUACA